AAAGCUGAGACGGGGGCACGGUUGACUGCUGGUCCCGAAAUCAGCUCAGAGCUCGGAUACAAAAACCAAGAGCGUCGGUGUUUGAGCAGCUUUAGUUCUGCUGCGCGCUGCGGGACUUUUAUCAUCCACUGCCUGUUGCACGUUUAGACCUGCAACUUAACACAAGCAGAGAGACAACUUUGGAUAACGCUCUUAUUUUCUUCUUCUUUCCCCCCCCUGCCCCCCUUCCUCUCUCGCUGUGACUGGUGUCAGAGGUGAUGGUAUCAUUUUCUCACAGAGGACUGUUCCUCAGGUGAUGGUAUGUCUUUUUGGAGAUAGGGACCACUUCUGGAAACCUGCUAAGUUUUCCUCAACUGUUAUUUUUCCCCGUUUCUACCUUCGCUUUGGCUCAAGCAUGGCUCUCUACUCUCGGUUUGUGGUCGUACUGCUUUACGGAUGGAGUUAUCUGUGCGUUGGAUACUGCGCGAUGCUGAAGACAGACAAUAUCCCCGAGAGACGAAAGGUGGAUUUUACGCAUUCGGUGGAUAAAAAACACCCGGCGAAGGAAGACCAGGAUCUGCUUUUACAGGAUACAAUGACGGAACACAUGCAGAUGCUUUACGCGAAGUACAACCGGGCUGGAUUUCCCUUCAAGGACGGAAACACUGUCCGCAGUUUCAAAGCGCACUGGGGUACUAUCAACAAGAAGCAGCUGCAGAUUUUCAACCUCACCUCCCUCACCAAGUCAGAAGACGUUCUGUCGGCCACUCUUCAUUAUUACAUCGGAGACCUUCAAAACAGCACCCAGGGCUGCUCCAGGUCCAAAAGCUGCGGCCGCCACGGGCCCCGGAGGCACAGCCACAUCCACAUGGUCAUCUGGAGUUUUGCCUCAGUGGAUAACAAGAUGAGGACUCUCGGACACGUUCGGAUCAACGUGUCCACCCUCUACAGGGACUUCAUAUCUUGGCAGUGGAAGGACGUGACUCGCGUGGUCAACCAAGCCAAGCACCACGACGAGCUGCUCAUUGGGAUCGAUGUGGCUUCGCAAGGGCCCCAGCCCUGGAAGAAGCUCCUGUCGGACCGCUCACCCUACAUCCUGGUGUACGCCAAUGACUCUGCCAUUUCAGAACCAGAGAGCGUGGUAGCCACCCUCCAGAGACACCAUUCAGUGGGAGGGGAGGGCUCCGUUUCUCACCCCUUCCAUAAACUGGGACUGCGUGAGCGAAACAACACUGGACAAGAACAGCCACAGCCCAGACACAAACGCUCGGUGAACGUUCUGCUCCCGCUGCAGAACAAUGAACUUCCCGGGCCCGAGUAUCCCUACGAGACGACCGGGUGGGACGAGACGAGUCCGUAUGAACCUUUUGAAAACAAGCAGGCCCGCCGGCCGAGGAAAAAGUCUCGCAAAAACCAGCGGCACAAGAUGCCCCUGCUGCAGUUCGACGAGCAGACGAUUAAAAAGGCGCGAAAGAAGCAGUGGAACGAGCCCAGGAACUGCGCGCGGAGGUACCUGAAGGUGGACUUUGCUGACAUCGGAUGGAGCGAAUGGAUUAUAUCGCCUAAGUCGUUUGACGCCUACUACUGCUCAGGGUCCUGCCAGUUCCCCAUGCCAAAGGCUCUGAAGCCGUCGAACCACGCCACCAUCCAGAGCAUAGUACGGGCAGUGGGUGUCGUCCCGGGCAUCCCUGAGCCGUGCUGCGUCCCAGAGAAGAUGUCUUCCCUCAGCAUCCUCUUCUUCGACGAGGACAAGAACGUGGUGCUCAAAGUCUACCCCAACAUGACUGUAGAUUCCUGCGCCUGUAGAUAGUUUUUUUGUUGUUGUUGUUUUUGUUGUUGUUGUUGUUCCUUCAAAGCCUUUUCACAUAAAACUAAAUGUCACACAGAAAAAAAAAAAAAAAAACCAACACAUGCAGCCAAAACAACAACUCUCUCCUCCUGUUUUCCUCAGUCUAUACACUCAUUCACUCGCAAACACCCAUUGAAACACAACUUCCCUUUUGCACUGGAGGAGAGUUUACCGCCUGUUGUUCCAGGUGAAGAGGAGACUGGUCCGUUCGUGGGAAGGAAUGGAUCGUGUGAGUUAUCCUCGUGUGGAAGGUAACUGGAAUGGAAAAAGUCAAAUCUCCACGCUCCGAUUUCUCCCGCCACUGUUUAUCCUCAUGUCUUCAUCAUCAUCAUCAUCAUCGCUGCUCGGGUGGGCGACAGGCAGGGUGAACGCAAUCAUAAACUCACUAUCAAGAUACAUUCAAAUACAGAUCGAGGCGCAAGAGACCAAAAAAAACUGAAGGAAAAACAAAAAAAAAAUCACUUUUCAGGAAAAAUGAUCUCAGUUUGAACUGAGGGUCGGGGGUGAGAGGGGGGAGGGGGGGGUCAUUCUCAUCUUUCUCUUCUUCAUAGCUUGAAGUUGUCUUUGGUCAUUACCACAAAGUCACCUCUGCUCGCACUUGCAUGGUUUUUUGUUACUAUGUGUAUGUAUUUAUGUCUGUACUAUCACUGUGUUAUUCACUAUACGAGAAGUCAUUGUAUAAUUAUUGGCUUGGCUGCUAUAGAGAGAUAUAUUAGGUUUCCAAAGCCAGAAUUGUGAUGUAGACCGGUAGAUAGCCUUAAUUACAUAUCUGUGUUUAGAUCACUUCUCCCGUGUUGUACAGGAACCCACAUUUUAAGAGUUUAUUAUAUCCGGAAGAGUAAGCUACUUUUCAUUUGUGGUCUUCAUUAGCAGUUGGCAUGCUGAGCUUCUUUAGGAGACACACAUGACACCGUUGCUUUGCCAAAGAAAAUGUUCAAGCUUUAUGAGAUUUCGCUUUUUGGAAAGAUAAAGGGAUAAAACAUAUCAAAAGGAGAAACUACUACGUUGAACAGGGGCUAAGUACAAAUGUAAAACCACCGGACUCUCAAAGCCACUUGAUGCUUGUGUGGGAUUUUGAAACCUUUGUCGGACCCGAUAAGAGAAAUCAAAUAAGUUAUGGGAUUUAACAGGCAUCGAGGAUUAAUUCGAGUGGUUUCAACGAGCCUGACUUCAGGCUGAACUUGUUUGUUUUUGGUCUUAUCGAAGCUCAGAACAUGAUGUCAUUACAUUAUGUUUAAAAUGAUUAAUCAUAUUUACACCCAAAAUGAGAAAUUAGUUUUUAUCCACAAAAAAAAAAGGCAGUAUCAAGUCAAUACACAGCGCUGGUCUGGAAUCAGUUUUGCCUUACAUAUCAUGAAAGCUCAUCAAUUUUGGUUUUAAUCAUCUUUAUUGAAAACAUUUUUUUUAGAUUUUUUUUUAAAGGUUGAAUUGGUGUAAAAACCUUAUUUUCACUGUUACAAGUUAUUUGGAUAUUUUAUUCUGAAAAACUCUGACGUUCCAAAGGUUCUGAUGCUUGCCAACCCCUGGCAAGUUUAUAGUAAACGGGAUUGUCUGGUGGAAAGGACGCCUCAGAAACAGGUUUCUGCUAAUAGAGAAAUAAAGAUGAGAAUAGACAACAAUGAGCUGUGCAUUGUGUGCGAGUAUAAUCUGCCAAUGGCAAAAAAGUUCCCAUACAAUUCCCAUUUUCUUUUUUAAUAAAUAAAAACCAAAUCUGAUGAGCAAUACAUAUAAUAUAUUGAAUGAUCAGGGAGAGCUGAUCUGUUUUCCUGGGUUCGCAUUAAGCCUUUAAACGUUACUGUAUAGAGUGAACUUUACAUAAAUCAUUAGGGAAUGUGAUAUUUGAUCACAUGUACUGUGCGUCAGGUCAACUCUGAACAGCAGGCACAUCUGGAAGAGCAGUUAACAUGUCGCCUCGGGCUGUGCAUUAUUUGUCAGAGUUCAUAAAACCAAAUAUUUAUCCAGAGCAAAUAGACUGAAAUAUAGCAGCAAUCUUUUUUUUUCUAUAGACUUGUACAUUGUUUUUGUAUAUAGCUCCGUGUAUGUUGAUGACACUCUAUUGUCUCUUUGAGAUAGAAGUGCCUUUUGAAUGGGUGGAUUUCUGCUUUUCAAAAGUUUGAUUUGAUUCAUGGCCUGGUCAGAGGGGCCCGGUCGAUCUCAGCUCAGUUUGCAAUGAAGCUGAAGUCAAAGCAAACAGCUGACAAUCCUUUUUUUUUUUUUUUUUUUUUUUGUUAUGGUACAAAAUAGUCGACAGUGAGUGAACAUAGUGCAUAUUCUUUUGAUAAGGAUGAUCGUCAAUGGAAUUUAUUCUACAAUGUAUUUCAAAUAAUUCACUAUUUUGAUAUUUCAGAGACAUUUAUUUUGUGUCAACAGCUACGGGCAGAUUGUUUAACUUUAUAUAUUUUGUACUGACACUUUUUUUUUCCAGUUUGUGCUCCCUCAUCUUGUGCCAAUACAGAUUUUUAGCAAUGCACGCUGCAGAGUUGAGUGGCCUGACACACUGCAGACAUGACGCCUGCUGACCAGUUGUUGUUUUGUUUUGUUUUGGAGCCUAUGCUUUUGCUACAGUUGAGACUCGACCCAGGUCUGAACUUCACUAACGUCUGUUGGAGUGCAGGUAUCACAGACACGUAUAUACAGGACAGUAUAUCAGCAGUUUAUAAGAGGUUAUUCUACUUCACUGUUCAAUCCUAUCUUGUAAAUGUUACGCUGUAGGUAAGAAAAAAAAAGAAAUGCUUGUACAAUAAGCUUCAUAAAAUAUAUUUGUAUAUGGAAAUGACCUUUAACAUGCAUCUAUUUAUUUUCUGUAUGUUGCAUAUCUUGUGGAGGUGUGGUCUGGGAUAGGGAGACUGAAGCCCCGACAUGUUGAUGGUCUUUAUAUCUGUGAUGCACAUUUGUCACUACUGAUGUGAAGGUGUGGUGAACUGUUUAAAGGUCUUCCCCCCUCUGAGCUCUGACCCUCCUUACAAAGCAUUCAAAGACAUGAAUAAAAGUAUGCAAGACUCAGA